AUGGAGAAGAGAAAUGAGGGAAAAAAUCCAACUUUAAAAGCGCAAAUAGAGAUCAAACAAUAUUACCAAAUGUUACACGCCAAAGGCAGCACUUCGUACAAAGAGUAUAAGCAGUUUGAGGAAGGAAUGGAUUUGACAGGCAGAGAUCUGUACAGGAGACACCUACGACUUGUGAAGACGGACAAGCUGCUCCAAUCCAGUCUGAAAUGGUAUGAUAAUCUCGGACUAUUUGAUGACAUCAGAAAUGGCCAACAGACCGUAAAGAUACAGAAGUUUGCACGUGACACGAGAUUAAAACAAAACUACGUAUCCGCUAUCGUCCAGUCAUUAAUCGUGUCUCAUGUGUUUGAGCCUGGCUGUUACGGGGAACUUGAUAUCCCUGGGAAUUAUGCCGAGGACUUGAUCAACACCAUUGAUGAAUGUGCUAUAGCGCCCGAACAUGAAGAUGUCGUCGGUAACAUGUAUGCCUGUGCAAGGAUCGACGGCGAAGAAGGUUACACACCAGACGAACGAUCCCUUGUGUGGCGAGCACUUGUUUUAGACGGGGCACUGAAGCUGAUCAAGGACACUAUUGACCAGAGCGAAAGAGGACUUAGAACAUUGAUGGACAUUAGCUGCGGUCAAGGAGAUGUUAGCAUCAGACUGGCGAAAGAAUUUCCAGCAACAGCAGUUAACGGUUGUGAUAUGUCUCCGAGUAACAUUCAGCGCUGUAACGAAAAAUCAGAUGGUGUGGAAAAUAUUUCAUUUUCUACCGUCACAAAUGUCAUUAAAUUACCGGCAAACUGGAACAGGACGUAUGACGUGGUCACAUUGCUCCAAGCUGAUCCUCAUGACAAGACAAAUACCAAGGAUAUGAUUUUGGAAGCCGUGCGGAUUUUACAGGAUGAUGGAUUUCUAAUCUACAUCGAACCGGAAGUUGGUUACAACCCACGUGACAACAGAUUCCCAGAGUCUGCGUACGACCAUGCCAUUUCGUUUUGGUAUCGUUUACCAACUGGACAAGUAGGUGUCCCUGAGAGCGAAUACCAGGUAGAUAAUACUGAGAACUUCCUCAGCGAUUGUGGACUAAGAGUGGAAGGCCAUCAUUUGAUUCAUUGCAGUUUACGGAACCAUGCCUUUGUUUGUGUCAAAAGAAGGUAG